AUGACCCCAACGACCCCUGAUAUCAACACUGGCGUCCGGACCGCAUCUAGCGUUGUGAUCUUUAUCCCCAGUAGCCAUGUUGGAAAUAGAAAUUUGAAGAUCGAUCAGUCCGAGUUUCUGGAGGUUGAUGCCGAAGGCAUUGAGUAUGGAGGAGAUGGUGAUGAGGAAGACAAUGAAGAAGCCAACGGUGUACCAGUUGUUGAUCGGGCCCGGUUCAACAAGAACAGAGGCCGCAGAGGUCAUGCUGUUGCUGCUGCUGCCCUUCGUGCCGUUCAGGCUGGCCAAUGUCUGGUUGUACAGACUGGCCAGAUUUGA